AUGCUCUCCUCCUUCACAACCCUAACCCUAUCCCUCCUCCUCGCAAACCUAGCAACAGGCACAAUUAUCGAUGAAGACGAACCCCAACUCUUCGCUAACGUCUCGCGUGUAAACACAGACGAUGGCUUCUCCCUCUUCAGCGGCAACGCAAGUCUCAACACACGAGAUCGAACAUGCGGAAUCGGCUACACCACCUGCGACUAUGACACAAGCCGCUGCUGUAGUCUCGGCCAGAAGUGCUGCGGGAACGGCUUCUGCGCGAUGAUUGGCGAGACAUGCUGCACAGGCGGCGGAACAUGUCCUAUUGGAUUUAAGUGCUGUAGUGGGACGGAUGGGUGUGCGCCGCUAGGUGGAGAAUGCUGCUCGGACGGGUACUACUGUCGUAUGGGGAAGAAGUGUCGGACCUGGAAAGGGAAAAAAGUUUGUUGUAGUUCGGUGUUUGGGUGUGCUGGGGAGAAUGAUGGGGUCGGGUCUGAUGAUGGGAUUGAGUCUGGGGAUACUACAGUGGAUGUUACGUCGACGACUACUACGAAGUCGACCACUACUACGGAGCCGACGACUACGACUUAUGUUCAGGUUGAUUGGGAGUAUUAUUAUACGACUAUCUAUUGGACUUACUGGUUCUAUUACUGGACUUCUUUUGCUCCCUACACUGUUCAGACCGUUACUUCUACCAGGACAAGUACUCAAACUGUCUGGUCUGUUUACGCGACGAACAGUGCGGUGGCAACGUCUUCGUUCGAGGAUAGGUCGUCUAGUUACACUUACUUCCCUCCUUAUUCGGCGACUUCUCUUAAAAGCUCGUCGGAGCCUGUCACGUUGUCGAGUGCUACUGCUACUGCUGGGGCUGGGGAUGAUGUAACUGGGUCGGGUUCAAGCAUUGGGGGGACUUCAUUGGAUCCAGGCCUUAGUGCUGCAGUGAGUGUGGGAGUUAGUGGGACUGGCAUCCUGGCUGCUGUCUUGGUUGCUAUCGUUGGCGGCUUGGCCUUUGCGCUGUGA